AUUUUAUGACAUCACUAACUUUGGUUCCAACAACUAAACGAUGUUUAUGACGUAAAAAAGACGGAAAUACUGGAAUGUGACGUCACUUGACCAGCAAAUUCUAGAAUUGUGACGUAAGGGAUGGAAAAAGAAUUUAUCGAUUCUAUCGAAGCGUUCGUUGCUGAUUCGGUGAAAAUCCCGGAUCAAAAAGUCGCUCUAGUGACCUCCGGUGGAACUUGUGUUCCGUUGGAAAAACACGCGGUUCGUUAUUUGGAAAAUUUUAGCACAGGGCGGCGAGGUGCUUUGUCGGUCGAACAGUUUCUUACACGAGGGUACAAAGUUAUUUUCCUUUAUCGAGAUGGGAGUUGUUUUCCGUACCUUACACAAAUGAAAAAUAACCAAGAAAAGUUUUUGAAGAAUUUAAUUGUUGGUAGAAAUGGAAGAACAACAAUCGACGACCACAAUUUCACGAAACUUAUCGAAGAAUAUAAAAAGCACGAGUCAUCACUUCUUGCGUUGAAGUUUAUGACAUUGCAGGAAUAUUUACGAAAGUUACGACUCGUAUGUUUAGCGUUGCAACCCCUCCACAAGAGGGCAGCAGUGUACCUUGCUGCUGCAGUAUCAGAUUUCUAUGUCCCCGAUGAUAAACUCCCCCUACAUAAGAUACAAUCCAGUGAAAGUUUGGCGCUAACAUUGGAACGAACACCAAAGAUGUUAGGGCACGUGGCACAACAAUGGGCAUUCAAUGCGUUCGUUGUUUCAUUUAAACUCGAAACCGACGAAAAUAUUUUGAUCUCAAAAUGUCGGUUGGCUCUUUCUAACUAUGGCCACCAAGUGGUUGUUGGUAACUUACUCGAAACUCGAUAUAACAACGUCAUCAUUGUGACAUCAUCAUCUGUGGUGAAUGUAAACGCAACAAGUGAAAACAUAGAAAUCAAAUUAAUCUCGCAACUUUAUUUGAUGCAUGAACAGUUUAUGACAUCAUAAUAUCUUUAUUUAUUUACAACAAUCAUUAUUAUUUACACACAAUAUAAAUUAUUGAAUUUCCUUUCCAAGUUGGCAUAAUUGUUGAAGGAAUUGGUUUGCGUUGAGUAGUUGGCUACAACCAUAAGCAACCCUCCUUCCAGGUUUGUUGCGCGAAUACUCCAUGAUGUUGUGAUACUCGAUAUAGUUGCCACCUCCAACCACAAACACUACAGCAUCUGUAUAAGGAGCUUUAGCGCGCCCCAUGCUUGUGUCGAGCGCUCGGGCAAGUUUAGGGUCAAAGUAACGAUAAGAAUCAAUUUCUUGGUUGGACUUUAGUUCCAUCAGGUUGUCAAGUAUCUUGGUGAGAGGAAGUUUAUGUUUCUUCAAAACUAAGUUUUUCACGCCCUCCAUUACAAACUGCGACCCUGUACUCAUAAGAUGCGAAAACAUCCCGAUAGUUUUGGUUCCACCCCCCCUGACCCCUACGUCGCCGACCAUAGUGUAUUGUUUCCAUCGUUUCACGUAUUUUAACGCAUCGAUGUCGCAACCGGAAUCUUCCAAUGCCCGGAUCAAUUCAUCUAAAUCAUUUACCUGGGUAGAAAUAAUAUAUUAAUUCAUACAAUGUAUGAUAUUUCUAUGAUAUUACUUGUGAUUGGCAAAUAUAAUAAAUUAGAA